AUGGGUUCCGGGCAAAAAAACGCGAAGGCUAAAGCUAAACCACCUCAAAAUUGGCUUGUGACUUGGGGGAAGCGUUUAGGCAUUUUCAGUAUUCUGCUCGCGACUUGCGCGUGGCUUGAUACCAUCAAAGACCGCUGGUAUGUCCUGGACACCGUUUUGCUGCACGAGCUCGCACAAUCAGCCAUCGCUGCCUCACCGAACGACACCGCUGGUAUGAUAUCACAUAUCGUCAAGAACCUUACCGAGACGUACCCUUCCAACGACAUCCGCCUCAAUACUCACGAAGAAUGGGUAUUCAACAACGCUGGAGGCGCCAUGGGUGCUAUGUAUAUUAUUCACGCGAGCAUCACGGAGUACCUCAUUAUCUUCGGCACCCCUCUGGGUACAGAAGGACAUAGCGGCGUCCAUACAGCGGACGAUUACUUCCACAUUCUGGUCGGUGAACAGUGGGCUUUCGAGCCAGGAGCUCUUGUGAUGGAGAGAUAUACCCCCGGAAUGGUUCACCUGAUGCCCCGAGGCGUUGUGAAGCAGUACAAAAUGCAUGAAGGGUGCUGGGCCAUGGAAUAUGCGAGAGGAUGGAUCCCCCUUAUGUUGCCUUUCGGGUUCGCCGACACACUAACUUCGACGCUCGAUGUUGGGACUCUUUACAACACUGUACGAAUAACUGGGAGGGAGAUGAUCGGAAAUCUUCUCAUUGGACACUAUAUUAGUAGGAAUCAUUUCACUAAUAUUGUUUCAAAGCUUGUAGAAGCUAAAAAGAUUUAA